AUGGCAUUGAAGUGCGUUCCAGAGGAUGUGGAGGUGAUUGGGUGGCGGCUGUGGUCUAGGCUUCUUGGUUCCCAACUGGCGAAACCUUACGGUGAGAAGGGAAGGAGAAUCAGGGAGUUGACAUCUCUUGUGGAGAAGAGAUUCAGGUUUCCUCAAGACAGUGUUGAGCUUUACGUUGAGAAGGUUGCCAACAGAGGUCUCUGUGCCAUUGCUCAGGCUGAGUCUCUCCGUUACAAGCUCCUCGGUGGACUUGCUGUUUGCAGACUUAAUCAACCAAAAAAGGUAAUUGACGUGAAGCUUCGAAAAGAGGAAGCAAGAGGAAAUAAAGGCAGUAAACAGAAUGAGUCAAAACAAAUAUCUAGAAAAUCCAAAGUUGUGUCUGCUUCAGAUGCCAGUGCCGAGUUACCAGCAUCAAUACAAAAACGUCAAGGGGAGAAUAACCAGACAAACAUGAGUGAAAAGUUCAAUCCUAAUGAAGAUGCAGCAAUGAAGAGUGUUAUGAUGAGGGGUUUGAAUCGGUCUCCUCCUCUAAGUAAAGAACUGAUGAUGCAAUGGUCUUUUGUUCAACGUGAAUCCCCCCAGUUGACAAAGUUCUCAGACUCGGUAGCUGCUAGAGAUGCAUCAGAUUUUUCUAUAGCGAAUUAA